GUGAGCACGCAAUAGUUACAAUGGAAGGAGACGUUUCCCAGGAAGAGAGGCUGAGGAAAGCUGUUCAGUGACUCCGGCACAUGGUAGGAUGCCAAGCACAAAUUCGUAGCAUCUGUAAAAGGGUCCUUCAGCUGCCUGAGAAAAUUCCACACUCCCAUACUCCAAAAUGUCAUUCCUCACUCACGUGCUGGCCUGCCUGUUUGGCAUGGGCUCCUGGGUGGCAAUAAACGGGAUGUGGGUGGAGCUACCCCUCAUUGUCCCCGCCAUCCCUGAGGGCUGGUACCUGCCCUCCUACCUGACGGUCCUCAUCCAGAUGGCCAACAUCGGGCCCCUGUUCGUCACGCUGAUGCACCGCUUCCGGCCCGGCGCGCUCAACGAGACGGCGGUCAUCUACACCAUCGUGGCUGUGGGGAUCCUGGCCUCCUUCCUGCUGGCCUUCUUCUGGAGGGAGACCCUGGCCAUAGGGGGCGUCCGUCACAGCGUGGCCCUCCUGGUGCUCACCUUCUUCCUCUCCAUGGUGGACUGCACGUCGUCCGUCACCUUCCUACCCUUCAUGAUGCGCCUCCAGCCUCAGUACCUCACCACCUACUUCAUCGGGGAGGGCCUCAGCGGGCUCGUCCCCGCCCUGGCGGCGCUCAUCCAGGGCGUGGGCAUGGUCCACUGCCGGAACGUCACGCUGAACGACACCCUGGGCAACUCCACAGGCGUCGUGCACGAGAUCCAGGCGCACUACCAGCCGGCCAACUUCUCGGCCCAGGUGUUCUUCCUCUUCCUCAGCGCCAUGAUGGUGGUGUGCCUGGCAGCCUUCCUACUCCUCAACUACCACCCCUCCGUGGGGCGGGACCGGAAGAAGAGCAAACGCUACCUCAACGGGGGGCUGUGUGAGGAGAAAGGGGGUCUGGCCCUCGGCCUGCACAGCCAACCGGAGCAGAAGCCCAUGAUCAGCCCCCUGGACAGCCCCAAGAAAGCACCCCACAGCACUUUUGGGACUGGGACCUACAGCGGGCUGGAGCUCCUGUUUGUCUUUGUGGUCCUGGCCUGGGUCAAUGCCCUGACCAAUGCUGUGCUGCCCUCUGUCCAGUCGUACUCUUGCCUGCCCUAUGGGAAUAGGGCCUACCAUCUAGCUGCCACCAUGGCUGCCGUGGCCAACCCCGUGGCUUGCUUCAUUGCCAUGUUUGUGCCUAUCAGGUCCUUGGUCCUGAUGGGCUUUCUCACCGUAACCGGAAGCGGGAUCGGAGCGUACAUCAUGGCCAUGGCGGCGCUGAGUCCUUGCCCCCUGCUCGUCCACAGCGACGCAGGAACCGUGCUCAUAGUCUCUGCCUGGAUACUGUUUGUCCUGACAUUGUCCUAUGUGAAGGUGAUCAUAGGAGUGAUCCUGCGUGAUGAGGGACACAGCGCCCUCGUGUGGUGUGGAGCUGUGGUGCAGCUAGGCUCUAUGGUGGGAGCCUUGUCCAUGUUUCCCCUUGUCAGCGUGUAUAACUUCUUCACAUCAGGACAUCCAUGUAACACAAAGUGCCCAAUGUAACUACCCAGAAAAUUCAGAUGGACUCAGUCCUUCAACAAAAGCUCAGAGCAUCUUGUUUCUGCAUUUUUUGUGACAUUUCUCUUCAGUGAUUUUGAUAAAUUCACCAUUUUUUAUACAUUUAUGUCACCACCCAAAGACUAGUCCCACAGAUCUCUCAAAAGCACUGAUUGCUGACCAUACAACAGAACCACUGAGAGAUUUUGGGACGAGUGCUUGUGGAACUCAGAUGGGUGUACUUUACCAGGUCAUGUUCUGUUACUGAUUUAUUUUUGUUUAUUUUUGUCUUUUCCUGUAAACGCUUGGGCUGGAUCACCAUAUCUGUGCUAUAAACCGCUACAGAAUCCAACUAUAUUCACUACUCUUUAUCCCUUUCAUAAAAAGCAGUUUGUAUUCCAAAGACCAUGGAAACUAAUUGUUUUAUAGCAUAGUUUCAAUAGCCUUAACAUUCUGAAAUACAGCUUGUCUCAGACAGUUAAUAUUUCAGGUAUAGUUAUAUGACGACUGAGCCGACAUUCAGCUAUGUUCUGUAUAAUGCCGGAAUAGAAUAUUGCCUUAGGUCAACAUUAUAUGGUUGUAAUGUAAAUGUGAGGAUUAUUUUUUAUAUUUAAUCUGAUAAUACAUGUAAAUUAUGAUGAUGUCUGUAUUAUAU